AUGUUCGCCAAGAUUUUCAGUGCUUUCCUGCUCGCCACCGCUGUAACGGCGAAGCUUCACGAUAACUGUGCUUGUCACAAUGGCGAUAGCUAUAACUGGCGAUUGACUGCCGCUGCAUGCACAGAGUACAAUGACCAGGGUUACGAGUGGGGCGGUGCUGCCUACAAUGAGACGUCUGGCCGUUGUGCUCAAGCCACGGCUGAAGAUAAGAUUGCUGGUGAUCAAUGGGAGGACGCUUGCAGAAAGAUCGCCGAAGAGGGUUAUGACUGCGCGGAUGGAGAAGGGAAAUGCUACGCCAACCCCAGCAAGGUUCGUGGCAGAUGUUAA